AUGUCACGACCAGGGCCGACUUUGAUAGGGCGACAAUGGCUGGAUGCGCUGGGUAUGUGGCCGCCGAGCCUGACAGCCAAGUCAAGCGCCGUGCUGUAUGUAAACACCGCGAAACGCGAUAACACAACGGCCGACUUGACACGUAAAUUUCCAAACUUGUUCGGUCCGGGAGUAGGUAAAUUCAAUAAGGGGGAACUGGACUUAGUACUAAGGGAAGGUGCGCGCCCCGUAGCUAUGAAAGCGCGGAAAUUACCGUUUGCAGUGGCGGCGAAAGUGGAGGACGAGAUUGAUCGAUUGGUAAAGUUGGGGCAUUUAGAAAAAGUCGAUGUUUGCGUAUGGGCGACACCCAUAAUUCCAGUAAUAAAGAAAAACGGCGCCGUGAGAAUUUGCGGAAACUUUAAAAUAACAGUCAACCCGCAAUUGAUCAUUGAUCGCCACCCACUGCCGCUGAUCGAUGAAAUUUUCGCCACACUAGGAGGCGGAGAACGAUUUUCUGAAAUCGACCUGGAGCACGCGUACAUGCAAAUGCCGGUGAAAAAGAGCUCGCGCGAGGUACUUACAAUAAUCACACACAAAGGAUUGUUCCGAUACACUAAACUGCCGGAAGGAAUCGCAUCAGCUCCCGGAGAGUUUCAAAAGAAAAUUGAGCUCGUAUUGGCAGGAAUUAAAGGUUGCGUCGCGUACCUAGACAACAUCUACGUAACCGGUAGAAAUGACGACGAUCACCGUCAAACAUUGUACGAAGUAUGCGCGCGAUUGGAACAGUCCGGGUUAAAAGUUAAUGUGGACAAAUGCGCGUUUUUCGAAGAAAAGCUUCAAGUAUUGGGAUUCGUAAUCGAUAAAACAGGGUUACACAAAGCGAGAGAUAAAAUAAGGGCCAUGAUAGAUGCACCGCGUCCCACUAACCUUAAACAAUUAAAUUCAUUUAUCGGACUAAUCACGUAUUACGCCCGGUUCCUGCCGAAUCGAGCUGAAAAACUCCGGACGCUGUAUGACUGCGCAAAGCAGACUGAAUUUCGUUGGGACCUCAAGUGCGAAAAAGCGUUCAAAUGGGUAAAGAACGAGCUGAUAUCGCCGAGAGUACUUGCGCACUAUAACCCGAGCGAACAAUUGGUUCUCGCCUGCGACGCAUCGGCUUAUGGCCUGUCAGCAAUCUUGUCCCAUCAAUACAAAGACGGGACAGAGCGUCCCAUAGCGUACGCGUCGAAGCUAAUUCCCGAGAAAGAGAGACACAGAGCGAUAAUCGACAAAGAGGCAAGCGCCAUUAUUUUCGGGUUCAAGAAGUUUUAUAACUUCGUUUUCGGCCGGGACAUAAUCCUAAAGACAGACCACAAACCGUUGGUAUUCAUUUUUGGUCCUAAACAGGAAAUUCCCCUAACCACCACCAGUAGAUUGCAACGCUGGGCUUAUUUCCUGUCACGUUUUUUCUACAGAAUUAUGUAUGUUAAAUCUAGCGAAAACGGAAACUGUGAUGCAUUGUCGAGUCUCCCAAUCCACGACGGGUUGCAGAUUUUCGACAACGAGUUCACAGCAAUAAAUUAUGUCAACGAAGCAUUGGAAUCCGUGGAUACCGCGGUCGUGGCGCGAGAAACAAAGAAAGAUAACACACUCGGUAAGAUUGUGCGAUACAUUUCAUGUGGCUGGCCAGCGACGAACGACCUAUUAGACUACGAGAAAAAAAUUCACGCGAAAAGAGACGAGUUGGCCGUGGAGAAAGGUUGCAUACUCUGGGGGUACAGAGUACUAAUCCCCGAAUCACUAAAGGUGCACGUACUGACUGAACUACACGCGUCGCACUUCGGAAUAGUGAAAAUGAAAAUGAUAGCAAGGUCGUUCGUCUGGUGGCCCGGCAUAGACAAAGAGCUCGAAAACGUAGCGGCGGCGUGUGCUAUUUGCGUGAGGGAGAGAAAAGCGCCGAAUGCGACGCCGCUCACACCGUGGCCGUGGCCGGAAAAGUUCUGGAGCAGAAUCCACUGCGAUUUCUUGGGACCCUUCUUCGGUCACAUGUACUUGGUCAUUCUAGACGCGCACUCCAAGUGGCCCGAGAUCGCGGACAUGAAGACAUGCACGCAGACCCCGCGCGUGAUCGAGGAAUUCAGAAAAGUGUUCGCGCGGUUCGGGCUACCUAGACAUGUGGUGUCCGACAACGGUCGUCAGUUCACUUCCGCGGAGUUCCGAGAAUUCCUGGCUAAAAACGGUAUUAAACAAAGUUUCUCGGCGCCACACCAUCCAGCCUCGAACGGCGCAGCAGAAAAUUUCGUGGGCAUUUUCAAAGACAAGGUAAGGAAGAUCGUCAAGGGAGGAAAAGCUGUCGAGUACGCGAUCCAGUUGUUUCUUUUUGAUUAUCGGGCUACCGAACACUGCACUACAGGCCGUAGCCCGGCCUGGAUGGUGUCGCGGCGAGAAUUGAGGACGCGUUUCGACUUGUUGCGACCCGAAGCGGGAGACGCCGUAGCCGAGAGACAAGCGGCCCAGGUAGCCGCGCGCGGUGGUACGCGCAGGGUGACGUUCGUUGUCGGGGAAACUGUAAUGGUCGACGAUUUCUCUGUACGCAACGACAAGCGAAUCGAAGGCAAGAUCACGAGGAAACUGUCGCCGGUCACUUAUGAGGUAGAGGUAGGAGGUAAGGUCUGGAAGAGACACGUCGACCAGAUCGUGCGUUACCGGGCAACCGAUGACCCGGCACCAAGGAGGUCCGAGCGACUACGAGAUAAGAAAUGA